AUGGCCGAGGGCGGAAAGGCGGAGAAGGUGCAGUGCUUCGGGCGCAAGAAGACGGCGGUGGCAGUGGCGCUGGUGCGCACGGCGAAGGAGGGGUCGAAGGGCGGCCAGAUCCGCAUCAACGGCUGCCCCAUCACCACGGUGAAGCCGGACAUCCUGCGCGUUAAGGUCUACGAGCCGCUGCUGCUCCUCGGGGCCGACAAGUGGAAGAAGGUGGACAUCCGUCUGCGCGUGAAGGGCGGCGGCUACACCUCCCAGAUCUACGCGCUUCGACAGGCUAUUGCAAAGGGCAUCGUGGCAUAUUACCAGAAGUACAUCGAUGAAGCCUCCAAGAAGGAGAUCAAGGACAUCCUCAUGGCCUACGACCGCUCACUGAUCGUGGCGGACCCGCGCCGCUGCGAGCCGAAGAAGUUUGGCGGCCGCUCAGCGCGCUCUCGCUUCCAGAAGCAUAGCCCCAGAACGCUUCGCGUGCGCAGCAGAGGCUCCCGCGUUGCCAGCGGAUGGGAGGCCGCAAAAGAGGCUGCCAAGAAGGCAUCGGAGACGGCCACCUCGCUGCAGCAAAGUGCUCAGGAGGCCGCCAGGAAGGCGGCCGAGCUGCAGCAGAGCGCCUCCGCGCUCGCGCAGGGCGUUCUCGAGGCGCGGGGGCCGCACGCGUUCGACGCUUGCUUCGAGGAGGGCGGCCUGGGCUUCAGGCUUGAGGGCGCGAGGGUCGUGAGCGUGGAGCCCGAGGGGCAGGCGGCCGCGCUGGGGGUGAAGGUCGGCGACCGUAUCGUCCUGGUCGCUGGGGAGGCGUUGCCGGAGCCGCCGGAUGGGAUCGACGACCAGCAGGAGAUCGACACGAAGCUCAAGCGGAUCGUCGCGAAGAGGAUCCAGGCGCAGCCCCGCCCGGUCUGCCUCACCUUCGAGUCCGCGCCCGCGCCUGCACCGGCCGUGGAGCCCACUGGCCCUGGUGCGGCGGUCGCGGGCAGCCCCGGCGCGGGAGGGGACGCGGACGGGUGGGACGCGGCGCUGGGGUGCGCGGGCGCAGAGGUGGGCGUCCAGGAGGACCCCUCGACGGUCACAUGUUGGACCCGUUCGCCCGUGGCGGCGCCUGCUCGCGACGCGGCCUGGCUCUGCGACUCGGUUGCCUUCGCUCUCGCCGCUCAGGACCUGCAGAGUUUCACAGGACGCCGCAAGGGCAAGCCUCGCGCGACCGUCGCGUGGGCGCGGCGCGCUGCUGCAGGCAUCGGGGAUGUCAUGGAUGCAGCGCAGCACAGGUGCACGCACUCAGACGGCGACGGGUGGGGCGUGGACAUCGAGAUGGAGGCGCAGGACUGCUCGCCGAAGGAGGCUGCUGCCGGCGAGGAGGCCGCGGCGGAGACCGCCGCGCCGCGCCGCGACGCCACGCCGACGGCGCAGGACGGCGACGGGUGGGACGUGGACAUCGAGAUGGACACGCAGGACUGCUCGCCGAAGGAGGCAGCUGUCGGCGAGGAGGCCGCGGCGGAGUCCGCCCCGCGCCGCGACGCCACGCCGACGGCGCAGGAGGGCGGCUCACCAGAGGGCGCUGCCCCGGUCGAGGACGGCGACGGGUGGGACGUGGACAUCGAGAUGGACACGCAGGACUGCUCGCCGAAGGAGGCAGCUGUCGGCGAGGAGGCCGCGGCGGAGUCCGCCCCGCGCCGCGACGCCACGCCGACGGCGCAGACCGACGGCGACGGCUGGGAUGCGGACAAAGAGGUGGACACGCAGGCGGGCUCGCCGAAGGAGACCGUUGCCGACGAGGCCACGGCGGAGUCCGCUGCACGCCACGACGACGCGCCGACGGCGGAGGACGGCGGCGCGCCGGAGCAAGCCGCCCUGGCCGAGGGCGCGGCGGACGCCCACGCAGCUGCCGCCGGCAACGGCGGCUCGCCACGGGAGCAGGACGGCGACGGUUGGGAUGCGGACAUCGAGGUGGACACGCAGGAGGCCGCUGCCGCCGAGGAGGCCGCCGCGGAGUCCGCUGCACGCGGCGACGCCACGCCAACGGCGGAGGCGGCCGUGGACUUCGGCGCGGCCGUGGACGAGGCGGGCGGCCUCGACGUGGCCAUCGAGUCGCUGGGCGGCUGGAGCCUGGACGACGAGGUGGACACCGGCGACUACAAAGUGUGCGUCUACGCCGGGGUGUGGCCUGCACUCGGCGCCGUUGGGGCCUACGAUCAGGAGCGAAAGCAGGACGUGCACGGAGAAAGUAUCUUCGCGAGGCUUCGAGGCUUCCUGUCGCGGCUGGGCGCGUACGUCUCCGGGCUGCCUAUAGGAAUGACCACGCUGUGCUGA